AAAGCUUGUUUUGAAGUUGAAGAAACCUGUCUGCAAAGCCAUAGGCACAUCUCACCUCCUCCCAGUCCUGUGUGAUACUGGGUAAUGGAGGGGGAUUCAGAAAUGCUGUACAGAACCCAGUUAAGGGCUGCAGGAGGUCAGGCGGCCGCAUUUAGCUCGUGCCUUGUGGUUUAUAUUAUCCGAAUGCUCUCAGUGAUGUUCGGAUUGCGAGUUUUCCCGUCUUCCCCUGGGCUGCCAAACGCCUUCAUGUUCUGCCUUGUGGAUGUUUUGCCAGCUGAACUGAUGGGGCCCCUCCUUAUCUGGUGUUGAAAAGGACUUUCCGUGCCGAGGAACGGCCUGGGCUGCUGCCGGGAAGGCUCCGAGGGAAAGUAAAUUCCUCGAAGGGCUGGUCCUCAGCGAGGCGCUUUUAGUUUUGUCUGACUUCUUUCAGCCGGCAUUUCUUGGUCUUUGUAGUCAGGGAUUUGAAAGGGAGCUCUUUACCUGCUAUCAGGAGCGGCGCUGGGUGGUGACAGAGGGAAAACAUUCCCGUCUUCCUGCCUUGAUCCUGUGCCGUGGGUGCUGAAAGCUGCUCCCCCCGCCUGCUGUGAGCGCUGCCGGUCCAGAUGUGUGUUCAGGUUGCCUUUAAGCUGCAUUCAGACGCGUUGCAGCUCUUUGGAUGUCUCCCUCAGCCCGGUGAGCAGCACCUUCAUCUCUUCCAGCCUCCCUGCCCCCUCCCUGCAGGGAGGUAAUAAGGGAGGAGGUGGCAGCUCGGCUGGAAUCCUUCCAGCGUCCGUCAUCGAGGCGGUCCAGGCUCUGCCAGCAGCCCGGGGCCGCCCGAGGUGGCUUUACCCCAUGUGAUGUGUGGAGGAGGGCUCCCGACCGUAGGAAAUGGGGCCACUGGCACACACCCUGAUCCCCGUGUCUUCCUCUGGGCUCACACUCGCUGCUGCAGCUGCUAGAAGCCGGGUGAGCCACGCUCCUUCCGUCCUGCGGGGUAAAUAACAGCAAUGCUGCUUCGGGACUGCUGGAACGCAGAUGCUGUUUGCUGAGGAGCCGUGUCAGCCUUCCUUGUAAUUAAGAGCCUGGCAGGAGCGAGCGCGGCGGCCGUCCUGGAGAUGUCACCUCUGUCGGGGAGCUGACCGAGGUUCCCAGGCAGCCCAUCCCCAACAGCGGCUGUGCCAGCCCCUCUGGCUGGGGGCUGCCCUCGCUGGGUGCCAGGGACUGAGGAUGUGUGGGGGCACAAUGCGGCUGCUGACCGCCCUGCUGGUGGCCACAGCCAUGGGCUACCCCAACCGGCGCUCUGCCACCAACCUGGAUGCCACCCCCAGGACGACAGUCAGCUUUGAUGAGCUGCUGGGCGUGCAGCGGUUCAGCGGGCGCAGUCUGAACUACACCACGCUGCUGCUGGAGGACGAGCGGGGUGUGCUGUAUGUGGGGGCCAGGGGGGCCAUCUUUGCCCUCAAUGCCAGCAAUGUGGCUGAUGGUUCGCACCGUAUGAUCCAUUGGGAAGCAUCUCCAGAGAAGCAGCUGGACUGCCUGCAGAAGGGCAGGAACAACAAGACUGAGUGCUUCAACCACGUGCGGUUCCUACAGAGGCUGAACACCACACACCUCUACGCCUGUGGCACCUACGCCUUCCACCCGCUCUGUGCUUCCAUUGAUGCUGACAGGUUCACGCUGCCCUCCCGCUUCGAGGAAGGCAAAGAGAAGUGUCCCUACGACCCCUCCCGUGGCUACACCGGCCUCAUUGUGGAUGGUGGAUUGUACACAGCCACACGCUAUGAGUUUCGGAGCCUCCCUGACAUCCGGAGGAACCUGCACCAGCGGCCACUGAAGACAGAGGAGUCCCCUCUGCACUGGCUGAAUGAUGCUGACUUUGUGACCUCCGUACUGGUCCAGGAAAGCAAGGACAGUCUCGUGGGUGACGAUGACAAAAUCUAUUACUUCUUCAUGGAGCGAGCAGGAGAAGAGACCACGUCCUUCUUCGACAAGAGCCAGGUGGCUCGGGUAGCCCGGGUGGCCCGCGUGUGCAAGAGUGACCUGGGGGGGAAGAAGAUUCUGCAGCGCAAGUGGACGUCCUUCAUGAAGGCGCGCCUGGUGUGCUACAUCCCCUACUAUGAGGUGCUGCGCAGCGUCUGCAGCCUGGACGGUGGCGGCUGGGCCAGCACCGUCUUCUAUGCCGCCUUCACACUCUCAGCGCAGUGGAGGACGAUGGAGGCCUCGGCUGUGUGCCGCUAUGACAUCUCUGAGGUGCAGCGUGCCUUCGAGGGGCCCUACAUGGAGUACCAGGACUCCUCCCGCAAGUGGUCCCGCUAUGAUGGAGCAGUGCCCGAACCCCGGCCCGGCUCCUGCAUCACCGACAGCUCCCGCCGGAGGGGCUACAACUCGUCGCAGGACCUGCCCAACAGCGUGCUGGACUUUGUUAAGCUGCACCCGCUGAUGUUCGAGGAGGUGCAGCCGGCGGGCGGCGAGCCUCUGCUGGUGAAGAGGAGCGUGGCAUACAGCCGCCUGGCGGUGGACCGGGUGCAGGCCCUCGAUGGGCGCUCCUACGAUGUGCUGUUCAUGGGGACGGGGGAUGGCUGGCUGCACAAGGCCGUGGUGCUGGGCUCCAGCCUCCACAUCAUCGAGGAGGUGCAGGUGUUCCAGGACCCGCAGCCUGUGGAGACUCUGGUGGUGUCCCACAGACAGAGGAGCCUGUACGUGGGGGCUGCUAGUGGAGUCCUGCAGGUGCCCCUGGCCUCCUGCGCCAGGUACAGCUCCUGCUAUGACUGCAUCCUCGCCCGGGAUCCCUACUGUGCCUGGGAUGGCAGGGCCUGCCGUGACACUUCCAGCGGGGACAGCACAGGGCUGGUGCAGGAUGUGCAGAGUGGCAAUGUGGGAUGUCGGAGUGGCUCCGGUCGGGGCUCCCUGCCGUGGAAGAACCGCACGGUGCUGCGUGGGGAUGAUGUGCUGCUGCCCUGUGACCAGCGCUCCAACUUGGCACGGGCUGUCUGGCUGGUGAAUGGCAGCGAGGUGCCGGGCACGGGGCAGGAACGGCUGCGCAUUGGGGUGGAUGGGCUGCUGGUGACCAACACGAUGCCAGGACACAGCGGCGAGUACCGCUGCUACGGCGAGGAGCGUGGGCUGCGCACGCUGCUGGCUGCAUACAGCCUCACUGUGCUGCCCCAGCUGCCUCGUGCCACCGCCACCACCACCUCCGGGCCCGUAGCGGCCAGCCAGGCUUCUGGAGACACCAAGGUGGUCUACGUGUCGGCUAUCGUGGUGCUGGUGGUCCUGUGUGCCGUGCUGGGCACCGUCCUGCUCUACGUGUCCUGCCUGGAGAAGCGCAGGGGGAAGUAUGUGCUGGGGGAGCCGCGGGCUGUGAGCCCGGAGCUGCAGACGGUGUCAGGCAGCUGCCUGCGCAAAACCCGCGGGGAGGAGGAGGAUGAGGAGGAUGAAGAGGAUCUGGCGUAUCCCUGCCUGCGCAUCAUCCCCGGUGAAGCACCCACAGCCACCUUGUCCCCAGCCAAGGAGCUGCCGGUGGCCGUGCCCCCACCUCCACCGCCACCGCUGCCCACCGAGCUCACCAACGGGGUGGGCUCCCUGCCCAACGUCCUCCGCAAGAUGAAUGGCAACAGCUACAUGCUGCUGCAGCAGCAGGACGAGCCGCUGGCCUCACCGCUCUACAGCGCGUCCUUCACCGAGGAGCUCAGCAAGAUCCUGGAGAAGCGGAAACACAUGCAGCUGGUGGAGAAGCUGGAUGAGAGCUCCGUGUAGGACUGGGGUCCCUCCAGUCCCUUUUCCCACCCCUGCCAGCAGUGUUACAGACUCAGCGAAACUACCUCUGGGACCGCAGUGCCGGGCUGGGCCCGGGCUUGGCCAUCCCUAUGGCUUUUCACUCACUUUUGAGACUCAAUAUACAGAAAAAAAACCACUAUGGGAAAAGAAAGAGAAAAAUAUCCCCCAAAGAAGAAUCUAUUUAAAUUUGGGAGCUCUAUUUAUGUAUAAAAACCCACGGAUGGAGGCCACGAGCUGGAGGCAGGAGCCGGAGCACGGCUAAUGGUGGACAUGGGGAGGGAGGGCUUGUGUCUGUCUGUCCGUCUGUCCAUCCAGGCAGGAGAGACCCUGUCCUGGAUGUGUGGACCUGGUCCACCCCACUGGGCAUCCCCAGCCCUGGGUGUCCAGGCGCUGAGAGGUGGGUGCAGAGCAGGACUGUGGGCUCUGGGCUGUGCUGCCGGGCCGCCAGCCGCUGCCUGCUGCACGUGUGCUCCCCAGGGCUGCCUGCAGGAAGGAUGCGCAGCGAGGGACGGCGAGGAAGAAGAGGAGAGCUGUCCCCACAAGUGGGAUGAAGUUACCCGUGCCCACCAUCAGCCCAGGGGUGCUGCUGGCAGCAGGACUGCUCUCUGUGCUGAGGGCCAUGCACACCGGUUGGCUUGUCUGCAUCUUCGCCAUGUGCUGUGGGAAGGGACCAGCGUCCUCUCAGCAUCCUUGCCCUUCAGACUGGACACGAUGCGCUUCUGCAUCCUUACGUGGUGCCAGCAGUUGCUGGGAUCUUGGCUGCUGCCCCCAUGCCACGGACUGUCCCCUUGCACACUGAGGAGCUGCCCCAUGGCCUGCUCCAUGCGGGGCCUCCAGCUCCCUGCAGCCCCUCACUCCCUCAUCUACCUCUUCUCCCAAACCCUGGCGACAAGAAGGACACCCCAGCUCUGUCCCUCGUGUCCCCUCUGUCACACCCCCUGGACUGAGGGCAUGGCCCAAAGCACAGCCCCUCCCCGCCGGGCAUUCCAUUCCCUGUGUGGGGUGGAUGAGCCACCCCGAGGGGACACCGCAUUCCCCCUUACGGCCCCAGGGCAAUAAAGGUGACGGCUCCGCGUGGAA